AGAAGGGCCAUUUGUGGAGCUCAGGGACACACAGCCUGCAACACCUUGGCACCUCAGUGUACCCAUCAGGGCACAGAUGAACACCCUCCACUGCAAAGUGCUGGUUUGCAAAAUAACAAUAUUUAAUUUUUAAAAGUUACAGCACCAUUUGCAACAGCCUACUGUAAUUAUUUUAGAUGAGAAAAAAACGAGUUCAUUCUGGUCUUAACUAGGGGAAGGCAUAAACAUCUACUAAUAGGGAAGAAACAAAGUUUAAUUUGCUCACGGAUCAGCGAAGUCCAAAAAUGUGAAUUCAUUGGGUGGACUCUGCCCUUUCUUGGAAUUUAAGAUUGAGGAGCGAGGACCAGCAGAGCUUAGAAAGACAACCCUCACAAUCUGUAGCCACUCCUGGCUUCACUGACUGCUGCCCCUGUAAUAAACCACCCAGAAACUGAAUACUGCAAUAAAUAAAAAGGGAUCUCAUAAGAGGUGAGAUGAACCUUGAAGAGUAUUUUGCAAGAACUGGCUAUAAAGGCUCCACUGAAAAACAAGAUUUGGAGACCUUAACCGAUAUAUUCCAGCACCACAUCCGUGCCGUUCCCUUCGAAAACCUCAGCAUCCACUGCGGGGAGAAAAUCACUUUGGAGUUGGAGCACGUUUACAACAAGAUAGUGCGGAGGAAGAGGGGUGGGUGGUGCAUGGAGAACAACCAGCUGCUGGGCUGGGUGCUGAAGGGGCUGGGCUAUGACACCAGCUUCCUGGGAGCCUACGUGUUCAACCCCCACCAGAACGCCUACGCCACCCUCAUGACCCACCUCGUGGUAAAGGUCGUCAUCGAUGGCAAAGCCUACGUCGUCGAUGGAGGUUUUGGGGUGUCCUACCAGAUGUGGCAGCCCAUGGAGCUUGUGUCAGGGAAGGACCAGCCCCAGGCUCCCGGCGUCUUCCGCUUCACGGAGAAAAACGGUGUCUGGUACCUGGAGAAAAUGAGACGGAAACAAUACAUCCCCAAUCAGAGCUUCUCCAACUCCGACCUGCUGGAGAAAAAAGAGUGUCGGAAAAUUUAUAUGUUCAGCCUUGAGCCACGGACAGUGGAAGAUUUCCGUUUCCAGUGCACAUACCUCCAGACCUCUCCAGAUUCCCUCUUCACAAAGAAGUCCAUCUGCACCCUCCAGACCACCAAUGGAUUCCGAGCGCUAAUUGGGUGGACGCUCACUGAGACCACGUACAACUACAAGGAAAACAUGGAUCUGGUGGAAUUUGUAACUCUUGAAGAUGAAGAGGUGGAAAAAACCCUCAAAGAGAAAUUCAACAUCACCCUAGAGAGAAAACUUGUCCCCAUUAAUGUUAAAGGAUCUUACACAAUCUAGAAGGCCAGGAAAACCUACAGUAAUG